AUGAAGACCACGGUGAAGGAAAGCUGCAUAGUCCGACCGGCGGAAGACACACCCAAGCAGCGGCUAUGGCUCUCCAACCUGGACCAAUUGUUCGUGAACUUCCCUCACGUCUCCCUGUUGCACCCUUACAACCCCGACGGUUCCCACAAUUUCUUCGAUGCCAGAGUGAUGAAGCAGUCCCUGGCCAAAACCCUCGUCGCCUUCUUCCCGGUCGCCGGGAGAUUGGCCCAAGAUGAAACCGGCAGGUUCGAAAUCGAUUGCAGUGGUCAAGGCGUCCUUUUUGCAGAAGCUGAAAUUGACGCGUCCAUGUCUGAACUCGGCGACUUCUCCUCGCCCCAAUUGUUGAGGCAAUUCUUCCCUGAAAUUGACUACUCCAGAGGCGUUUCCUCCCUUCCCCUGCUUCUCAUACAGGUGACAAGAUUCCGAUGCGGCGGAGUAUGUCUAGGGAUUGGGCUUCAACACGUCUUAUGCGACGGCGAAGGGCUCUCUAAUUUCAUGACAGCAUGGUCCAAUCAAGCUCGCGAUCUCCCCAUUACCAGCCCACCUCUCCUCGAUCGUACCUUUCUCAGAUCUACAUCAUCUCAACCUCUGUUUCAGCACCCAGAGUAUCAAGAAUCCACCACCGAUUCAACCCCAACUGCUAUUACUUCCACCGAGCAUACAGGGUACGAAUCCUCCCCUGCAGCUCUGCCUCCUCUGUUCCUGACUCCGACCGAGAUCCUCGACAUACGGAUUCAACAAAUCAAGCAAUUGAAGGGCAAGGCCAUCAGCUACAGCACCUACGAGGUCAUGGCUGCACACAUUUGGCGGUGCGUCACCGUAGCCCGGCGACUCGCCGACCAGAGAAAACCCAUCACUCUGCACAUCAGCGUCGACGGCCGGCAGCGGUUCAACCCGCCUCUGCCACCGGGGUACUUCGGCAACUGCGUGUUCCACGCCAAGGCGGUGGCGUCGCCGGCGGAAUUGGCUUCGGAAUCGCUGGAGAAAACGGCGGAGAGGAUCCGGCGAGCGAUAGGGAGGAUUGACGACGGUUACAUGAGAUCGGUGAUUGACUAUUUGGACCGGCCGGGGGACGAAACAUCGAAGUUUCGGAUCCCCGGGAAUACCGGGUCGCCCGACCUGAAGAUCAUAAGCUGGACCCGGAUGUCGUUUUUGCCGAAGGAUUUCGGGUGGGGCGACCCGAUGUUUACCCGGUCGGCGAACCCGUGGGAAGGGAAGUGCCACAUUCUGCCGAGAUCCGGCGACGACGACGAGAAUGUCCCGUUGGCCGUGUGUUUGGAGCCUGACGCGAUGGAGAGGUUUAAGGGAUUGUUUACUAGCUUUACUUUGCCGCCACAAUGGAGACUUUCACCGUUGUAG